CCCCAGGCGCCCAAAGGGACCCUGAGAGCGAAGGCACCGAGGAGGGGCCAGCCCCGGAAAUCGGACCCCCACCGAGGGAGGAGGAGAGACAGCCCGGAGAGACGAAGCCCCGGGCUCCGCCGGCAGCCGGCCACCCUGAAGUAGGGCUGGGCACCGAACACCGGUCCCCCCAUGGCACCGACCGAAACGCCCCGGCCCCACAGAGUGCCGAAACACACCCCGCCCCCCUGCACCAAUCCCUGGCGACCGCCCGCAACACCCAACAGCAGAAAAAGCCGCCCGGCGCCCAACCGCCAGAAGAGCAGACUGCAGCUAGCGCAACCAACCAGCCCACGGGCAGCACAAAGCCAGAGCAGAGCGAACCACGCCGCUCCCCACCGGACAAAGCCAGAGCAGCACAGCCGUGUCCAUCACCCCCCCUCACCGCCCGCACAAGCCCCCGACACACGGCCGAAGCACCUCCGCCGCCCCGGCCCCCCGACGCGCGCCAGCCGGAGCCACUCCACCCCCCACCCGCUCUGCAGCCACAUCUGCUGCGAUCAGCGGGAACAAAGAAGCUCCACCAUGCCUCCAAGUGGGAAAACCCACCCAAAAACCCAAUCAGCACAGCCAGCCCAUCCACACCAGCCCACAAACAACACCCCCGCCGGAGCCGCCCAGCGGCGCGCAGACAGCAGGACCCCCACCUAACGGGGCCGCCCUCCGAGAGAACAGACAUGCCAAUCUCCCCCCCGGAAAAAGAACGCCAAGCAUAA